AACGGAGACAAACAAAGGCAAACACUUACUCAUUCACUAAGGGAGUGACGCAAAAAUCUUUUUUUCUUUUUACUAAAGUAUGUUUUCGAGGACUGGUCAUUGCUUUAAUUUCUCUGUGUCCACGCCUUGGUUAUUUAUGUUGGCGUUCGGGGCUUUGUGAAAAUUUACUAUUGUAGGAAAACUUGAGAUCACACUAGUCAAAUUAGCAGCGCUACAUUUGGUUAGCACGUGUGCCAUGCAGUCAAAGGUUCAGCGUUCAAAAUUCACUCAGUGCUUUAUAUGCAACUAAUUUGAACUAAAAUCUGAGGAAAACCACAAUAGGCACCAAGUACAAGUAAUAAACCCCCUAGAUUUUCUCGCAGCCACAAAACCUUUAAUCACUCUUCAGCAAAAUAACAAAACGUUUUCAAAACACUCCAGGCGGCAUGGAUGUUUGUAUGAAUGGCAAACAAAGAUUUCCCAGUGCAAAGCUAAAAUAAAUUAAUCAUUGAAAGAUAGAAGCUAUACAAAGUGAUGGAAAGCUUCAAUGGUAAAGCAAUGAAAAUCAAAUUAAAACAUGAAGCAAAGCAAAUUAAGCCUUGCUCUAAUUGUUUGCAUCUCUCCUGUUGGCUGCUUGACUUUGAACUAAAUCAAAUAAAAAAAUUGGGGAAACUAUUAAAAACAACAGACUAAUUGUAGAGCUGACAUGAGGCCCUUGUGUUUUUCUACAUCACGGCCUUCGCUAGGGCAAAUGUGAGGCGUCCAAGCCACUGUUUACACUCGGUUCUUAAAAAAAAAAUACACAUUUGCCCAGGCUGACCCGUUUCCAUGGUUACCGGCCAGUGGUUUUUCAUCCAAGCUUCACGAUACCUCACCCCCACUGCUGUGUUUUUUCUGUGUCGGCAUAACAUUCAACUCCAGUUUCUCCUCACGUGAUUUGAGUCCUUUUUGGGAACAUUUCUGCUCCGCCUGUUUCCGGCUGAGAGCCACCCCUGUGUUUAGGCUGUGCCCACAAAGUCUCUCUCUCUCUCUCUUGCUCUCUCUGUUUUUCUUGCUCUCUCGCACCCCCUUCAAUGAAAUGCAGACAUGCACACUGUAUUCUCACUUCAGUUCAAAUGAAAACAACUCCAAGCCGUAGCUAGGCAACUCUAAAAUGUGAGUCAUCCAACUGCCGCACCCAUAGUCGACUGAUCAACCCCCCCCCUUCCUGCAACAAACACACACACACACAACACACACAACCUUCAGAUCUCGUUUAAGUCAAAAAGUACGGUUGUAACUUGUCGCUGUCACUCCCAACAAACUGUCAUAAUAACACACUGGAGCCAUCUUGAUUUCAUAAUGACAACUGCAUGAUGGGUUGUGUUCAAUUGUCAGAUAGUGGAAAAUAGUGAUCUUAUCAAGUUCAACUCAGUACACUUAUAAUUUCCACCUCAUGGUCAAUGGGAUUUGAAUCCCUGGUGUGUCAUAGCAACUACAUUCUCAACAACACUGCUAAAUGGAUAUAUAGAAUGCAGCAGGGCGUCCUCUAGUGGACAGAAGGGAGCUUUACCUCAUACAAAAUGUGCCCUGCUCAGGGAUUACACAAAGUUUGUUUACUAGGAGCAACUGGGAAUUUAAGGGGCGCAAAUUGAAAAUUCGACUAGCAGAGUAGAUUUUUAUUUCUGUCAUUUUCAGUAUGUUACUGAUGAGUUGACUGAAAUGUGGAGCAGAAAUCUGUCACCAAAAGAAAAUUCAACAAUAGAAGUUUAAAAUAAAAAUCUGCAAAUUUUCUUGACACACAGGUGCAAGUAGAUGAAAAUAUUAUAAAAUUUAGGAGUAAAAUGACUUUUUUUGAGAGGAUGGAUGGUCAAUUAAGGGCCAAUUAGCAAACAGGUGUGCCGGCAAAGAAAUCAUAAAAGCCGCUCCCUCAAGUCACAUGAUCCUCAGUGUUUUGCCACACAGACCAAAAAACUAAACCUGGCAAUGCAUUUGAAACCCAAACUAUAUUCUCGCAUCGCUGCCCUCUUUAUUUCCUCCAUCUUAACAUUAGCUCUCCCCCAUGCAUUUUGCAAACCUACCUCUUAUUACUCUCACCCCAAUUUAAAUCUGACACCUCCAACCGACGAGGAUAACAGCGUGACGACAAAAAGCCUAAAAAAUAAUUUCAGUCAAGACGCUCGGCGACAUUUACCUUCGGGAAGGCAAGUCGAAUUCUCUACAACAUCUACACCAGUAGGCGACCACGAUAAAAAAAAUGGCCCAACAAGGAGUCAAAGUUCUUCUGAAACGGGAAGGGAGGAGAUUGGUGUUCCUGACGACUGCAGCUCGGGUCAAAUCCAGCACGUGGUCUAUGGGAAGUUCUUCAUCCCCGGUCAACUUAAAGCAAACAUUCCUCGACAUCAUGUGGACCGUCAGUCUCAUUCAGAUGUUACAGGAAAGAGUAAAGUGAAGAUGCCAGGUCAGCGGCUAAGUGGCUCCGAGGAGAUCUGGCGGAAGCUUCAGCCUGAGGUGGAUUGUGGAGACGGCGCCAUGACUUUAACUGUCAGGAGGAGACGAGCGUUACAUCUCCUGCUUGACCGAGAGAAUGAAUCAUCUCUUCGCCUCUCCCAUCUGCCACCUCAAUGUGGCUACUCUGUGGAGACCACGUGGACAGAGCUCAGCUUGAUAGUGCAAUACAAUGCCUGUCAUGUCACACAGCAGGGGGGCAGUUAUGUGUUGCCUCUGCAAUGGAGGGGGACUCCGGUCAAGAUGUCAUGUCCUCUCUCUGCCGUCAAGCCUCCCAACAUGAGCCCUUCAUCGGUCUGUUGUUCCCCUCGUGGGAUGAAUGUCAAUCUUCCCGCCGCACAAGAUGUAAAGGUCAACGUUCGUGGAGAAUGGACCCCGGUGUUAUUGCUGGCUCAGCAGUGUGGUUACACUUUGGACAGACGAGAUACAGAAAUAUUAAUAGCUGCUCCGUUCAUAACAUGCGGUAUCACGGUAGAGGAUGGAAAACACACACUUCAUCUUCAGAUUGACGAGGGUACAUUUAUUUUGACCUGCCCUAUCUUUCCUGAAGAGACUGGGAAGUCUCUCGGAUGGGCUCCACCUUUUUACCUGGCACCUCCUUACUACCCUCACCCAAUUUAUGGGCACAGGAUUCCCGGCGCUACCCCCCCAGCGACAUCUCCUGCUGUCAAAUCGUCACCUCCUGAACCCAUCACGACUCCAACCUCAUCUGGAUCAACAGAUGCUGAAAUUUUGCAUUUGCAAGGAGUGUCCGAACAGCCCGUUACUGCUGGCUCCCCGGUUCAAGAUGCCACUUCCCAACCUCCAAGCAACCAUCACCCCAAAAUCCCUCAAUCUAACCCCACUGAAGAUUCUGAUCCGGGCCUUCUGGCUCCGAUGGACCUGUCGCUCAAAUACUCCAACAUAUUUGCAGAGUUUUUCCGCCAAAAUCAACAAUCUGAAGCUGAGGCGGCAUCAUCUCAAUAUAAUCCAUAUUACUAUUAUUCCCCUUUUCCAUAUAUUCCAGCCCAGGACUCUGAUCCCUCUUUUGGGGAGCCAGAUAAAAAUGGGAAAUUUGAUGACCUUCUAGAAUCAGACAAUCCUCCCAUGGCUUCUUAUUUUGAGGAAUCUUCCUUUCCUGCCCCUCAUGUAUUCCCCUCCUACCCUUAUGACUACUAUCAAACGUAUCCUGUGGCUCCGCCCCCUAACAAACCUGUUGACCCACUUUCUCAGCACCCACCUAAACGUUCUGAAUUCCAACAAACAAAGAUGGAUGAUGUUCAAGAGGUCAAUGCUUAUCCUAACCAUCUCAGUUUUUUGGGUCAGCUGGUACAUCCAUAUGAAGUUUUGGAGCGUGGUGACUAUGAAGAGGACAAGCUUGAUGAACUAAUCGACUCUGGAUUAGGACCUCAAUUUUUCCUUUUGAAACCUAACUCUUUGGAGCUCCCAACCUCAGAGGUCAAUGUGUCCUGCUCACUGCAGAUGAUGAUGACUUCUGACCCAGACAUUUACAUGGUGGUCCCGGACGACUGAUGCAAGAAACCACGUAAGGCCGACAUUAAGACAUUUUAACGUUUCAUAGUACACUCAAAUAUAAACUUCUGUCAUAUGGAGUAGUUCUUGUUACGCACUUUUCAUUA